GUCACUUGUCGUAGUUAUCCCGGCCUGGUCACACGGAUGAAUGUUCGACAAUGGUCAUGGAAGUUUGUCUAAGAAAAAAGAAAUGGACCUUUGUUCUCACCCCGUACCGGAUAAUCCUGGGAAUCGUAGCUAUACUGUUCAUUUCGUCGAAUAUGGUUUUGUAUCGGAGCAGCAUGUUUGUUAUACAAAAGCCACAGGAGACACCGAAUUCGUUACUGGAUGCAAGACAGAAAGAAAAUAGAAAGAUCACAACUCGCAUGUCGGCUAGUCAUCGCAAUUUCUCCAAAACGGUCAAAACGUUUUCGUCAUCAUUUUUACGUCCCGAUCAAAUAAACGACGUUUCCCGGAACAUAUCCCAGAACCGUUUCUCAUUAGAAGAAAAUGCUGAACUCAAAUUAGAAUCAAAUUCACAAUAUUUUUGGAAGGAAGGUACGAUUAAAGUAUUGGAAGAGUUCAUUAAACAAUUAGAGAUAAACAGAACACGAAAGGAACGAAAGAAGUUACUGUCGGAUGCCAUUCAGAUAAUUAAAUCUAAGAAGAAAGUUGUUGACAACAACACCUCGGCUAGCUUCAGAUGGUCGAUUGUUCGGUUAAAGAAUCCUUUAAAGAAAUCCUAUCAGGUAGGAGAUAGGUUUCGUGUAACUAUUCACCUGAAGGACCAGCUCGGGCGGAAUAUCCCCCGUGGCGGGGACGUUCUGAGAAUAUGGAUGAAAGAGGCAUCGACUUACUCUAACGUGAACGGUGUUAUCAUUGACAACGGAAACGGGACGUUCUCGGGCGAGGUCCUUCUUCCCUGGGCAGGUCAGCCGACCAUUUACGUUGCUCUGAGUCACACCCGUGAAGCCGUUCAAUCUGUUACGAAGGCUAUCAACAAAUAUGGCGUCCUCAACAAAAUGUUUGCUCUUUUUGAGAACAAUGAAAAGACAGCCAAAGAGAGCGUCCCCUGUGGACCGUUGCCCGUAUUUUCUUUGGACGAGAAAAGGAUGUGCAAUUUAACCCGUCAGAAUUACGGAUAUAGGUGGUUUAGUGCGAGACCUUCUUCUGAAAAACUUUCGUGUGACGACUGGACAGCCAUUAGGGGUACAAAUAAUAUCACCGUUCCGGAUCGGGUUGCCAACAGAAUAAGAUAUACCCAGCAUCAGUUGAUUGGAGAAGGCAUACAGAUCACCGUCAAAGGAGAUCGAGGUAGCAUUAUGAAAAAGAAUACUACUCUUUGUUCACGUCGUCCGAGAGAAAACGCUUGGAAGGAACCGACUCCAUCCGGGUUCUUCUAUCAAAACAAGUGGAAAAUCACAACAUGUCACAGCGAUUUGACACAGACGGUGAGGAACUACCACAAAUGUCUCCUAGGGCGUCACCUCAUGAUUAUGGGUGAUUCUAACACCAGGUCGUUCGUAAUGAUGGUUACCGACAUGCUGCAAAUGCGUUAUCGUACUAGACCUAUGCCAGUUGGAAGUUGGCACGAAUUUACGUUUGCUGAAAAUCAGUAUAACAACUCAGUGUCAUGGUAUCCUCACGAAUCUCCGUUCUUUGCAAAUUUCUUUAUUCCUAAGUAUAAACUACAACCAAUUUCGAAACACUUGGACGAAAUAGGCGCCGGGAAUAACAGCGUUAUUGUGAUUCAUCUAUGGGGACAUUUUAUGAGAAUUCCUUACGAUGUGUUUCGAAUUCACGUCCGAAAGAUCAGAAAUUCAGUGGAGAAUUUGCUAAUGAGAUCCCCGGAUGUAGAUGUCGUUGUCAAGGGACCCCACGCGAUGACAUACUACGACUGGAUUACACCGGUGGAUUCAAUAUGGCAGGAACACAAAAAGAUUUGGUUUGACGAGUUUAAAGGCCUUCAUGAUAAGGUUUUGUUCCUCAACUUUUGGGACAUGGCUGUGGGGACGGAAAAUGUCGAUAUUCAUCCUUCCUGGCAAGUCGUCAUGAGUCAAAUGCACGUGUUAAUGGAAUACCUAUGUGAUAAUAGUUAUAAAUGAUGAUUAGUAAAACUUCAGUAUUUAAAACAAGAUAUUAUGUAGCUAUCACUCUUGUUCGACCGGUUUGAAGGUGCAAAGUGUUUUAAUGUGUGAGCCGUAACGGUAGAACAUCCAAGUAAUCCGGCUGGUGACUUCAUGCAUAUUUAAGGGCCUAUCGAGGAAACAAACCCCCUACUGUCUUGGUUGGAAAGUUAGUGUUCUUAUCACUGUGCACCUGACGACCCUUUUAUAUGUUGUGAGCUCAUCUGGCAAAAUGCAUUCUAGAUUUGUGGACUUGUGCAACAUUGUGUCCAUUAAUUGUCAACCGUCAUAAUAUUUGUUUAUUGUAUUAGAUUCUUGCAAAGGAAUCGCACUGACUUCUCUCAUGGUCAAUAGGAUAGAACGGUAGAAGAAAUGAACUAUUUCCAGAUAUGUUAAACUUACACAGGAGCCUGCCCCCUAAUAACUUUCGUUUCAGAAGUGCUACGAGAUUUAUGCUGCUGUAUUUUUUUUUCAAUCCAUUUUAUACAUCCAGAGUUAUUACUUAGAAUCAGUCUACUUAUAAUUUAGAUGAUUAUACAGCAUGGGGGUCGAAAAAUGGAAUAUCAGCCUGAAUGUGUUUUUCUGAAGAAAAAAAUCAUAUUAUUUUCAUCAUAAUACUUUGGAGAGAACAAUUAUUUUCAUGUGAUGCUGAAGUAAUAAUAUGUUUAUCAUCCAGAAUGUGUGGAUAAUAGAACAUUUUGUGAAAAUUUUAAUGUCAAAUACAGGAUUUUUCAUUCUUAUUUUUUUUGUAUACAAAACAUUUGCAUAGUAUGAAGAAAUUCAGUCCGUUUCUGUUCACAAUCAAUUUUGACAUCAAAUGUAAUAUCCUUGUCACUUUUUAGAAUGUGUUCUUAUACAUUUUGUUAUCAUUUUGUAUACAUUUUAUCAUCAGAGUUUUCUUAUUACGUUGCUUUUAAGGGAUAUUUCAUACUAUUUUGUUAAUGUUCAUCUCUUAAUGAAGAGUAAAUGUAUUGGUGAAGGUUGCCAUCGUGUCUUCAAGACAUCUCGUAAAUAAACAGUGUAAAUGGCUUUUGGAUAAACUGACUAAAAGUAGCAUAGAUUGCUCGAACGAAGAUAUAAGUAUUUGUCCGAAGUGCUACAUAAGGUAUCUGCGCAAAAGACAGACUAAAACUGAACGUUGGAAGAUGAAACUACUAGCAGUUUUCCUCUAUUAACAAUCAAGGACCUGUGUUAUGGGUCCUGUUUACAUAAAACAUGUUUGAACAAUUUUAAGUUCAAGGGAAACAAAUCCACACUUCUGCCUAAACGUGCCUGGCAUCAUUUAAUUUUCACACACAAAUUGUGGUGUUCUGCGUCAUCACGUUUAUGAUCAUUUCAUAUUAUAGGCAAUGACCUGAACCCAUGUGCACAGGUUAUCCUACAAGGAAGAGAGCCUUUGGUUUCUUAAUUAUUAAGUAGGUCAUCUGAAAUAUUUGAUGACGUUUUAGAAGUGUCGUAUAUCUUAUCAAAUAACCAAUCGGCCUUCGCUCUCAUUUUUCUCUCUUGGAUGACCCUGGCUGCAAAGCAUGGACAGGUUGGUCCAAAGAACAGUUUCUCAAAAACCAUUUCUUUCUCUUUUAGUAUAUACCAAAACUACGCAAUGCUCUUUUGCUGUUUUGGGUUAAGAUGAAAACUGAUAUCUCUUGGAAUCAAUGCUUUUUUUUUUGCAUUUCCCUAGUUAGUAUUUCAAAAACCUUUCAUUCUGUAGUAUAAGCAUUGAAAUAAUUUAUAGUUCCAAUGUUUCUUGGUCCAGAUCAUUUGGGUAGGGAACAGAUACUUCCACACAAUAUUGUAUUAUCAGAAACAUUCUUUGGCGACAAAGUGACUGCCAUACUAGAUGAUACAUAUAUAUAUAUAUUAAAAAAGAGUGCUGACCAUAAGCUGCAGAAAAUGUCUUACUGUGGCCAGAAGAAGCAAAAUUAUCUUAAAUUCAUGAGCAUAAAUCUACCUGAUGGCUACAUUUUGGACACAGUAGGACCAUUCUCUGGAAACCAAAAUGAUGCAAGCAUCACAAAAACAUCAUAGACAAGCUCACAUGGUUGGAGCAAGAGGACAAUGUAGUCGUUGAUCGUGGUUAUAGAGAUGUCCUGCCAAUGUUAGAGGCAUCUAAAUAUCAGAUGCCCUCAUAUCGUACGCCUGUUCAGAGCCAACACUCUGAUCUACAGGCUAACAUUGACAGGACAACUACUAAAUAUCAAUGGAUUGUAGAGUCUUAACAUGGCCGCCUUAAGCAUUGGACAUUUUUAGAACUCAACUAAUACUGAAUUGCUUUAUUGAUAUAAUCGAGGAAGUGCUAAAACUUGUGACUGCAUAUUUCAAUAGGAUACGGGGACCAAGAUCACCAGAAACACGCACAACAAAUGAAGUUUCGACUAACAAAAACAAACUAUGUGGCUCAGAGGGUGAAAUCAGAUCCAGCUCUCUCAAAGUCAGAAUUCGUAAAGAUGGAUGCAUCUUCGUUUACUUUGGAAUAUUAGAAGACUAUAACGUGCGGCACCUACCAGAUGGAGAUUAUGAAAACUGGGUGUAUCAGCACUCUCAAUACCUCCUCUGUUGUCAGAUUCGUUCCAGACACAAGAGCUAGAAUAAAUAUAAUGUCUGGAUUCAGUACAGCGUAACACCAAUGAUAGUAAUCCAAUAAAAAAAAUUAACUGCCAACAGGUGUUGAGCAAAUAUUAUAUGACAAAUAUAAUGUACAAUAUUAACUAGUAAUAUCUUGUUCGUAUGAAGGACGCCCCGUACCUUUUAAUUUACUUAAGAUGGAGUGAUAUUUGAAACUGCCAAGUUUGAGAUAUGUCCAGAAGCCAUAGCUCAGUAUAAAACAAAAGGAAAUUGUGUAAUGAAUAUGCAUUUUAUGUAAGUGGACUCAAAUGAGUAAAGUUGUAACUUUAAAUUUCAACUCAAAAUAUAAAUUAGAAAGGAAAUUAUUGAGAAAACAAAACACUUUUCAUUUGUUAAUUACCACA